UUUGAGGUAAUGAAGAUGAAUAUAGGGCAUUUGCAAACGAAAUGAAUUUUGAUAAAAAAGAGGAUAUUAAAGAUAUUGGAUUAGAAAUGGCAAAAUAUGAGAAGUUUAACAGCUUAAACGAGAGAGUGAUUGUAAUUACUAGAGAUGCGUUACCAUUAAUAGUGAUCAAAAACGAUGGGCACCUGAUUGAAUACAAAGUUAAAGAGAUACCAAAUGGAACACUAGUUGAUUCCAGCUGUGCUGGAGAUGCGUUUCAUCUCUGGAUUUGUUUGUAGUUACUCGUUAGAGCAAUGUAUUGAAUGGGGAUGUUCUAAAGCAGAAAUGAUCAUUCAAAGGAGAGGGUGUAAGCUUGAUUAGUAUUUUGAUUAGAUUAGAAAUUUUAAAAUUAUUUUCAAGUAUUAAUUCCAAAAAAAU